AUUAAACAAGAAUAAUUUAAAUAUGGGAAUACAGGGAUUAUUCCAGUUGCUAAAGCCUAUAACCAAGCAGGAGAACCUCAGGGAUUUUGAAGGGCAGACCUGAGCCAUUGACAUCAUGGGCUGGAUCUAUAAAGGAGUGUAUUCAUGCUCAUAUGAGAUUGCAAAUAACUGGGGCAGCUUUAGUUAUCUUUCGUAUCCGCUCAAAAUGAUCAAGUUGCUUCAAAGUUUCAAUAUUAAGCCUAUCUGUGUCUUUGAUGGAAUGCACCUAAAUGCCAAAAGUGCCACAGAGCAUGGACGUAGCGAAGAGAAGAAGAAAAACAAAAAGAAAGGAGAGCAAUUGGAUAAGCAAGGAAAUCAUGAGGAAGCUAAAAAAUAUUUCGGAAAAUCAAUGGUCAUCUCUUCCAAAAUGAUUAACCUUCUCAUUGACGUUCUACAUAAAUUAGGUAUUGAAGUGGUUAUGGCUCCGUACGAAGCAGACGCACAAAUAAGCUAUCUUUGCAAAGAAGGAUUAGCAGAUUUCGCCGUCUCAGAAGACUCUGAUAUCACAGUCUUUGGAUGUCCUACACUUGCUACAAAACUUCAACCAGGAGGUGAUUGAGCAGUGACAAGAAUCAAUGAUCUUUGGGAUCCUGAAAAUAAAUCAAAGUUGACAGAUAAAGCUCUGAAAGACUUAUCUAGUCUCACUCACCAAGAAUUUAUCUACAUUUGAAUAAUGUCAGGGUGUGAUUAUCUCCCAUCCAUGGAAAGAAUGGGGUUAAAAACAGGUAUCAAAAAUUUUGCAAAGCACAAAAAUAUUGAGAGUUUCUUUAUGUUCCUAAGAAGCCACAAGAAGUUCAAAGAGAGAAUUCCUAAAAACUACUACGAAUGAGUCAAGAAAGUGCAUGAUUUGUUCUUAUAUCAAACAGUUUACUGCCCGUAUACCAUGAAAUGUAAACCUCUCAAUCCUCUCCCUGAGGGAAAAGAGAUCGACCAGAAUUUCUGAGGGGAGCCUAUUGAAGAAGAACUCAUUGACAAAUAUGUAAAGGGGCUUUUGAACAAAUACACAUUAGAGGAUAGAGAAAUUUAUGAGCCAAAUGUAUCCAGAAUCUUAAAGGACAUGAAGGACAACACUAUUACAACAAACACAUUCUAUUAUCUCAGCAAAGAUUUUGAUUUCACCAAGAAAGAGACUAAGGUUGAAGAUGAGGAAGAAGAAAAGAGAAUUGAAAGCGAUGUCCCACUUCUGACCAGGCUUUGUACUGCCUACACCACUGAAGGAGGUUUAGAGAACUUAGUUAAUAAAUUUAACAAGAAAAGGAAGAGAACUAGACCAAAGCCCAAGAAGAGAAAAGGUUCAAAGACCUCAGAUAUCGAUAUGGACGAACUAAAAGAUAUUUGCGCAGAAGAUGAUGUAUCUCCUCCAGUCGAAUCAGUAGUCAAAACUAGGCUUAAAGAUGAUGCAGAUGUUGACCUGGAAAAGAUUAUUCCAUUUCAAAACUAUUUCUAUGAUAAGGAAUUACGCACAUACCAGAAAGACAAGGAUUCAUUAUCUUCUUCCAAAACUCUUCGUAGACGUAACGAUAAGGAGCUUGAUAAAGAAUUAGCAGAGCUGAAUAAAAAUAAGCCUAAAGCUAAAAGAAAGAGGCAUGCAUAUCCAAAGAAGAUUCCUGAUACUUCGAUACCAGCAAAGAAGAGCAUCUUAAGUCAUUUUAAGGCCUAAUUCAAAUAUUUUCAGCAUUUUUAAA